GCAGACUAACAAUCUCUGGAAUUUAGUCACCAUGUUGAAACAGAAACAGAGGAGUCUAAUGUAUUUUACUUCUGCUCCAUUGAUUCUAGUACUAAUGGUGCUAAUGUUGUUGCAGUCUCUGGCUGUAAUGGUAGUAGCCAGAGUGGAGAAUUAUACAAGAUCAGACUUCCCAGCUGACUUUGUUUUUGGCGCUGGCACUGCCUCAUAUCAAGUAGAGGGAGCAGCUCUUGAUGAUGGAAGGACUCCUAGCAUUUGGGAUACCUAUACCCAUGCCAAUAAAGGUCUAUCUAAUGGAGCCACAGGAGACAUAGCAUGUGACCACUAUCACAAAUACAAGGAUGAUGUCCAGCGCAUGGUUGAAACAGGUUUGGAGGCUUACAGAUUCUCUAUUUCCUGGUCAAGACUUAUCCCUAAUGGAAGAGGCCAUGUCAACCCCAAGGGAUUAGAAUAUUACAACAAUCUCAUUAAUGAACUCCUCAUGCAUGGAAUUCAACCACAUGUCACGCUGGUUCACCUUGAUAAUCCUCAAGCUCUUGAAGAUGAAUAUGGGGGGUGGCUUAGUCGGAAAAUGGUGAGAGACUUUACUGCCUAUGCGGAUCUGUGCUUCAAGGAGUUUGGGGACAGGGUUCUGCACUGGACUACUAUAAACGAGGCCAAUGUAUUUGCCAUAGGUGGUUAUGAUAAUGGACUUGCUCCCCCAGGACGUUGCUCUCCGCCAUUUGGACUGACGUGUACCGAGGGUGAUUCUUCAACUGAACCAUAUAUUGCUGGUCACAACAUGUUGCUGGCACAUUCGUCUGUUGUGAAACUAUACUACGCAAAGUAUAAGGCCAUUCAACGUGGUUUUGUGGGACUAAACCUCUAUGCUCCUUGGUUUUCUCCAUAUAGCAAAGCUGUAGCAGAUGUAAUUGCAACAAAAAGAGCCAUCGAUUAUUAUAUUGGUUGGUUUCUCCAUCCAUUGGUGUUUGGAGACUAUCCUGACAUUAUAAAGAAGAAUGCUGGCAAGAGGAUUCCAACACUCACUCCGCGUGAAUCUAAGCUAAUCAAGGGCUCCAUUGACUUUAUAGGGCUGAAUCAUUAUUUCAUAUUCUAUGUCAAGGACAAUCCCAGCAACCUUAGUAGGAACAUCAGGGACAUAACUGCCGAUAUGGCAGUAAGCAUCUUCUUAGAGCCAGAAGAUGCAACAACGGAUCAGGAUGAAGUUGAAUCAUCCAGUCUUUUUGCAAUUCUGGAGUAUCUCAAGAAAGUUUAUGCCAAUCCACCUAUUUAUAUCCAAGAGAAUGGUAAAGGAAUGGAGCGUAAUGGAACACUAAUUGACACACCGAGGGUGAAAUAUGUGCAUUCAUAUAUCGGAGCCUUGCUCGACGCUAUAAAAAACGGAUCCAACACAAAAGGCUACUUCCUGUGGUCUUUCUUAGAUGGUUUGGAGUUACUUGGUGGCUACCAGACAGGUUAUGGCCUGUACUACGUGGACUUGGAUGACAAGCAGUUGAGGAGAUACCCAAAGCUCUCUGCACAUUGGUACUCCAAUUUCCUCAAAGGAAGAAGCAUCAGGCCUGAUGAGAUUAUUGUAGAUGGAAAUGAAGCCUUUGUUUCUUCGAUGUCAGAAGCCUCUGACCACUGAAACAAAUCUUUUGUGCUUAUAACUGCUCAAAUUCUGCAUAAUAGAAUUUCUGGUGCAAUGGAUUCCACCAUAGGGUGCACGAAUCUGUUCAAUUACACCAUUAAAUCUUCUAUGAAUCAAAGAAAGAAGCAUAGUUAUAGUAGCUAAAUUGAGAUAAUCUGCUGGAGCUACUCUUGUUGACAAGACAUUCAGCAGUCAUAGAAUAUGACGGGAAAAUGCAAAAUUUGUAGCGCUCAACUGAGUGGAUAUGUUGUAUUCAGGUAAAACCACAAACUAGAUUGCACAGAUAGUUGAUUCUCUUGGCAAUUGGUAGUGGAAGUUUGUAUUU